GGUAUCCAUAUGGUCUGGGCUCCUUUUACACAACAUUGGGCAGCAUGGGCUGGUUGAUGAGAUCUCUUGAUCAGCCUGAGAAGUGAAAAAAUGAAUUGAGCUCCAGAAAGUCACAAACCCUUCCCACAAGAAGAGUGGAAGUCAGAACAGUUAAGAGUUAAGGUAGCAUUACAGAGAGCAUCUUUAUCAAGCUUUAUUUCCUGGACCAUUGUACAGUUUGAUCAUGAGUGAGAAAGAUGCUAAUGCUGAUAGCCUGUUCCUGAAGGAAGACUCUGAUAAAGGUCUGAACCCUGAGGGGAGAAUGCACAGCUGGCAGCAUGCCAUGCAGAAGAGAGCAUCGCGUGCAGGCAAGCACAUCCGUGAGAUGACCUUGGGUAGUUUUCGUGGAUUUCUGUGCCGGAAUGCCUUCGUGAUAUUGACCAUUGCAGCUGUAGUCCUAGGUAUUGUGUUGGCCUUCGUUUUGCGACCCUAUAAAAUGACAUAUCGGCAGAUUAAGUACUUCUCCUUUCCGGGGGAACUACUAAUGAGGAUGCUACAGAUGCUAGUUUUGCCCCUCAUUGUGUCCAGCUUGGUGACUGGUAUGGCUGCUUUGGAUAGCAAGGCAUCAGGCAAGAUGGGCAUGCGUGCAGUGGUAUAUUACACAGUGACCACCUUUAUAGCGGUCUUCAUUGGCAUUGUCAUGGUGAUCAUCAUCCAUCCAGGAAAAGGAACCAAGGAGAACAUGGCUGCGCAGGGAAAAAUUGAGAGGGUACAAGCAACUGAUGCCAUUUUAGACCUAAUCAGAAAUAUGUUUCCUCCAAAUUUGGUGGAAGCCUGCUUCAAACAGUACAAAACUCAGUAUGGCACAAGGAUGUAUAAAGUGCCCAUCCCUAGUGACAAUAACUCCACAAAUCACACAGAAGAGCUAACUGCUCCAAUUAAUGUCAGUGACAUCCUGGAGAAUGUGACUCGAGCAAUGGGAAAGCUGCAGGAAAUGAUGAAUGUAGAAGAAGUGGUACCUAUAUCAGGCUCAGCUAAUGGUGUCAAUGCCUUAGGCCUGGUGGUCUUCUCUAUGUGCUUUGGGUUGGUGAUUGGAAAAAUGAAAGAACAGGGAAGAGCACUUAAGGAGUUUUUUGACUGCCUCAAUGAAGCUAUUAUGAGACUGGUGGCAAUUAUCAUAUGGUAUGCCCCUAUUGGAAUUCUUUUCCUGAUAUCUGGAAAGAUCUUGGAGAUGGAUGACCUGAUGGUGAUGGGGGGACAGCUGGGGAUGUAUACGAUCACAGUCAUCAUAGGGCUUCUAAUACAUGCUCUAGUUGUCCUUCCCUUAUUAUUUUUCAUUGUCACCCGCAGAAACCCUUGGCCGUUCAUUGGAGGGCUACUACAGGCCCUUAUCACAGCUCUCGGAACAUCAUCAAGCUCCGCAACACUCCCCAUAACCUUUAAGUGCUUGGAAGAGAACAAUGGUGUGGAUAAGCGUAUCACCAGGUUUGUGCUUCCUGUUGGAGCAACUAUUAACAUGGAUGGAACAGCACUAUAUGAGGCACUGGCUGCCAUCUUCAUUGCACAAGUAAACAACUAUGAGCUGAAUUUUGGGCAGAUCCUAACCAUUAGUAUAACAGCAACAGCUGCUAGCAUUGGAGCAGCUGGAAUCCCUCAGGCUGGCCUGGUUACCAUGGUGAUUGUCUUGACAUCAGUGGGCCUGCCUACGGAGGAUAUAACUCUUAUUAUCGCUGUUGAUUGGUUCUUAGAUCGUCUCCGAACGACUACCAAUGUCCUUGGUGAUUCGUUAGGGGCUGGUAUUGUCGAGCACCUGUCUAGACAUGAGCUUCAGAAGCGAGAUGCUGAGCUAGGGAACUCUGUCCUAGAGGAGAGUGAGAAGCCAUAUCAGCUGAUCUACCCAGAGAAUGAUAUACAGAAACACCCCAAUAGUGAGACAUCCAUGUGACUUAACGUUUGUGGGCUCCUGUGCAAAUGGCAACAGUACAUAGAAUGUCUCUGUAUUCAUCAUUUGGAGCCAUCUCUCCAUGUAUUUGACUGCAAUGGAUGCUGAUGAAGGAAGCCCUGUAAUUGAUUGGCAAUUAGAUGGAACCCUCUUCCCGAACCAUACUAAACAAAAACACAUGAACACUGGCAUAAUAAAGGGCGGUACAGUGCAUCUCUCUCUAAAAACCUGGAAACAGGACAACUCAUUAAUUCAUUAACCUCUUUACCACAACUGGCAGCAAAAGCAGUUGGAAUACUUUUUAAUCCAAGACUUAUUGUGGGAAUAGGUGUGAAACUGAAUACGAUUUAUAGGAAAUCGCAAAGGAAGCACCAUAGUACACAAGGGUAAUGACAAGGUUUCUUCUUGUGUUUGUUGUGCAUCAGGACCUUAUUUAAAAUAUAUUUAAAUUUCCCAUGGAAUAUGUAAAAGUGGGACAUUUCAGCUAUUUACCAUUAAAGUAACCAUUGCAUUGCUAUUCUAGCUCACAUAUUACAGUAAGGUUCUAUUUUGAUGUCAUGAAUGAUGGAAUAGUCAAGACAAGAAGUAAUAUUUAUCGGAUAUCAUCGUUAAUAAGUGAUACCUGAAGCGAAAAUGGCAGUUUGUUCACCCCUGGCACAAACAACCCAAGAAAAGAAA